CGCGCGGCGGGCUAUCCCGGACGGUCGGCGAGCGUGCGCGGCUUGCUGACGGGUGGACGGUGUGAGCGCUGCGGGUCGCAGUCGGCGUGGACACCUGCGGCCCGCGGAGGGGACCUGGCUCGAAGACCUCCCCUGCCUCAGAAUGGGACCCCGGCUCCUACCCCGUUUCCUGUGAGCCAACCAGUGACAGCUUUCUGUGGGGAUGCCUGGGAACCAGCAGAAACCAGAGUCUUUGGAGAUGGACUCUGACAUGUCGCCAAGCGGCGGGCUCAGUGACUUGAGCAGAGGUGGCAGUCUGGAGAGCCGAAGCAGCGGCUCUCGGUCCAGAAGCUUCACUUUGGACGAUGAGAGCCUGAAGCACCUCACACACGAGGAGAAGGACGUCAUCCUGUUCUUCGAAGAGACUCUCGACUCCCUGGACUAUGACUUUGAUGAGCCGGCCCUGUGCGACAGUGGCAUUCAUUGCCACUCUCCACAGUCUCUGGAAGAGAGCCCUUCCAGUCACUCGGACCCCGAAGAUGUCAUCGAUUUAGUGCAGCCGGGACCUGUGUCUGGGGAAGCUGAGAGUCGUGCCGAUGCGCCUCAAGUAGCAGGGGCCCCAUCUGUUACAAAGCAGGGCACUCCUGUUCCUGAAGGUGGGAAACAAGCCGCUGAGAAUUCCCUGCCACCGCCAGACUCCAGGGAUCCCGAGGUGUUUCCUCUGCCACCCUCCUCGCCUGUCUCUGCGCCCUCUGCCCCCCGAAAGGAGCUGAUGGCCCCCUCUCCUCCGGCAGAGCAUCCCAAACUGCCUCGCUCCGUGCCCACUCCUCUGGUGAUCGCUCAGAAAAUUUCUGAGAAGUUGGCGGGAAACGAAGCCCUGUCCCCCACGUCCCCAUCGAAGGAGGGCAGGCCUGGGGAAUGGAGGACGCCGACUUUGAUAGCCUCUCGAAAUGGGGACCAGGUCGGCGUGUGGCACCGACACGCGGCCCAGCCGGCGCCCAAGGUCCACCGCUUCCCCAGCAACAUAAGCGUGACCAACAGCGCGGGCAAGGACUUCAACAAGACUAUCUCCAAGGCGGCGGUCAACGUGCAGGAGCGGAAGGCCCAGGUCCUGGCCAACAUCAAUGGCAUGUCCUUCAUCGCCGCGGGCGACGCGUCGUCGGAAGAGCGGUGGCAGAAGGCAGAGGAGCAGAGGGGCGGCUCUGCGGACGGGGGGCGCGCCCAGGGCAGGGUGGGCAUGGCCGGGGAGCCCGAGGGGCCGCGUGCAGGAGGCCCAGCCAGGGCGCAGCAGUCCCGGGCUGUGCAGACCGAGCAGCCUCCGCCGGCGCCGGCGCUGGCCAACGGCUUCCAGAGCGUGCAUGAGGCUCUACGCAGCGAGCCCAGCGCCUUCGCCCCCACCAGCAAGACCAUCACCUUCCGGCCAGACCCCGCUGUGGCGGGCAAGCUGGCGCGCCAGAACGCCAGCCGCAGCCUGUACGAGCCUCGCCUGGAUGGCCCCCAGGACGCCCGCAAGCGCACGGGCUCGCUCCCCCGGGCUGGGGGCUUCCGGCCACAGGGCAUCACGGUGCAGUUCUCCGGCCGCGGUUCCACGGAGGAAGCACGACGUGAGGCCCUGCGCAAGCUCGGGCUGCUGAAGGAGAACUUGUGAGGGCCACCGGUGGGACUGUCGGAGUGGCUGGGUAGACCUUGUAUGCCGGCACUGGGUGUCCCGUUCUGUAAGCACAGGAGCCGGACCGCACGAAGGGUUGCAUGUUCAGGGAAGAAGCCUCUGCCCCAACCCCUGUGUCCGGUGCAGCGCAGAGUCAGAGGCCAGCGGAGCAAGGACCAGGCCCCCGAGCAGUCCUCUUCCUUUGCUGGGGUCACGGAAUAACCUUUAGGACCUGUGGGUUUCCAUGGCUGCAGAUGAUCUAUGGCUUAUAUAUGUGAGGACGACGGCCUUGGCUUGACUUGGUCCAGGAUCUCUGAUCAGGCCUUUUAUCCCACACGCAGGACUUGAAAACCUCAAGUAGCUCUCUGACGCUCAGGAUUCCCCCGCCUCCUCGAAAAUUAAAAAGAAUGCUUGUUAAAUUUUUACAGUGUCAAUAUACACUUGGAAGUCUA